GAUCUGUGCUUGGACACCCCCGGAUGCAGAGGAGCGUCCUAUGACGGCAACGCAAGUGUCUGCAAUGUUUUCGACUGCGGUGAUACAUAGCAGAUAGCGAUUCCGUUUUUUACCAUCGACUUUGCGUCGAAGAAUGCUCAAAGAACUACACACAGACAUGCUACAAUUGUCAUAUUGCAACUGACUGCCAGAUUGCGUAUCAAACGAUGAACGACUCUAACUCGGCAUCGCAAUGUAAUCAGUUCUGCGACCAGGACGAACGAUGUCUUGCUGCAGCCUACAACGAGUCCAUCUCUCGAUGUGAUCUGGUCAGCUGCGGACAAAUGGAAGUGGCUUCCAGCCUUCUAGUUCAACGAAAAGCGUGCCACAACGACUGUCCAUUGUACGAACUCUUCAGAAUUGAGAACGCGACAGGUAUCUGUGCCAUCAUUGAGUCGCUCACUGACGCCGACUACGGCAUGACAGAGCACGUGUGCCUUGAGCGUUGCUUGAACACACCGGGCUGUCGGGGUGUCUCCUUCACCGGUACUGAGUGUAACCUCCACCAAUGUUACGAUCAUGUUAGUGACGGGAACUCGGUAUUUUACAGACGCGUUUGCGUACCAGAAUCUGAAAAUCCGGCAAACUCUAAGGCAUUGUAUAAUCUUGUCCCUGGUACACUUCGAACGGCAAAUGUUUUCGCGGAAGAGGUAGUGCCCAACACCAUUGCAUGCGCCCGGCGGUGUCGCUCAGUGAAGGACUGUUGGGGUGCCAAUUUCCGGUCCAUGAACGGCAACAUGGUCUUGUGUCGGAUGUUCGUCACGACAACAGACGGCUUGGACUUAACCCCCAACACCACGUGGACUUAUCUGAACUACAACGUAUGAACUGUAUUUACCAACCAGACGACUGCAAAAUAGCAAAAGUUGUGUUAGCUCUGACGAUUAACGCCGAUGUUCACUAACACCUUGAGUGUGGGCUUGAGAAUCAAGACAUAAAACAACAAACAGUAAUUUCAUGAUACAAUGCUAUCUGAAGGGCAUUAAUGGUGAGAUUUGCCGAUUAUGUAUAAAACAAUUUACAAUACAUGUCAAGAAAUAGCUACAUUUAAGAUAAUUCGUAACAUUUUAAAAAUCGCAUUGUGAGUUUUAGCCUCAAAAUCAGACUCAAGACGUUUGUGAAAAUGGACCGUAUAAUAUACGAGUGCAUAUACUUCAAUCAGUUAUUGCAGGUUGCUG